AUGAAGAUGAUAGAAUACAUUCCUAAGAAUGAACCCCCUCUUGUGUAUUAUAAAUAUCCAAUUAUUGGACAUACUAUUGAUUAUUUUAAAGACAAUUCAAAAUUUAUUAAAGAGUGUCAUGAAAAGUACGGAGAAAUCUUUUCAUUAUAUGUCUUUGGUCAAACUAUAACCUUAGUCGCCGGUGAACAUACACCUGAAAUCUUCAGAAAUCACAAAGAUUUUUCUUUCAGUGACGCUACUCGAGAGCUUUUUCCUUUGCAUGACUUUAUGCGUCGCCCAGCCAGUUUUUCAAUAAAUUUGGGUUCGUUAGUUCAAAAAAAUUUGUCAGGAGAUUUAAAAUUCUAUACGGAUCGAGUUCAAAGACAAUUACUUAAAUCUAUUGACGAAAUAAUUGGAGACGGUAAAGUUUUACAACCCCCUUUAAAAUCCUUCCAAUUCAUUAUCGCAAAACCUGUUGCCGCAUCUGUGGCCGAAGAAUUAUCUGAUGAUAAAGAAUUGAUAAAUUCAUUCGCUUAUUCCGUAAAUGAUAUUGCUUCGUAUAUAACAAUUCCACCUAUUUUAAAUUUCAUUUAUCCUAACUUGCACAGGAAAUUUGUAACAAUGUUUUUUCGUUAUUCAAGUAAUCCCUACAAAUAUCAUAGAGAACUCAUUAAACGAAAGAUUACACCAGUGGUUGAGAAACGUUUAAGUGAAAUGAAGAAACUUGACGGUGCUUAU